UUACAAUGACGUCUGCUGGUUUGAAGAAGUUUUUCCAAAAUAUUCAAUAAUUUCCUUAAAAAAACAGUGAAUUUUCGGGGAAUUUUUUGAAAAAUGGCUACUCCCGACGAGAAGGAACUGUUGAAAAGUGAGGUGGAACGUUUAACUCGCGAACUAGACCAGGCCAGCAGCGAAAAAGUCCAGUCUGCCCAAUACGGACUCGUUCUUCUCUCCGAAAAGAAGGAACUUGAACAAAAAUGCGAGGAAUUCGAGUCCUUGUACGAAAAUACCAAGCACGAACUACAUAUAACUCAAGAGGCACUCGCUAAAUUUCAAUCCAGUCACAAAGUAACUACGAAAACAGGCAUAGAAACUGAAGAAUCCCUUCUACACGAAUCAGCAGCUCGAGAAACGUCGCUAUAUUCCCAAAUCGUCGAUCUCGAAAACGAGAACAAGCAACUGCGUCAUGAGCUCGACAGAGUCACUGUGGAACGGGACAAAAUGCUCCAAGAGAACAGCGACAUGGGCAAAGACAAAGACGACAGAGGCAUGGAGUGCAAACGCCUCCGUACAGAACUGCGUGAAAUCAAAUUCAGAGAGAACAGAUUGAUAUUGGACUAUUCCGAACUGGAAGAAGAGAAUAUCGCGUUACAGAAACAAGUAGCGGCUUUGAAAAGCACUCAGGUUGAGUUUGAAAGUUUGAAGCACGAAAUCAGGAGAUUGCACGAAGAGAUGGGGUUGUUGAAUUUGCAAGUUGAAGAGCUGACAAACUUGAAGAAAAUCGCUGAGAAACAUAUGGAAGAAGCUCUGGAAUCUCUGCAAAGUGAAAGGGAAGCUAAAUACGCCCUGAAAAAAGAGCUGGACCAACAAAUUAACAGGGAAUCGUUUUAUAACAUCAAUAAUCUGGCUUACAGUAUAAGAGGAAUAACUGAAGAGACUGUUUUGGGUAGUGACGGUGAGGAAGAGGGUCUCAAACACAUUGAAGCAAGCUUGUCAAGCGGAAAUGUCUCAGAAUUAACCUCCCCAGAUGACAAGCAUGUAGAUUUGUUCUCGGAAGUCCACUUGAAUGAGCUGAAAAAAUUAGAAAAACAGCUAGAAAGUUUAGAGAAAGAAAAACUAGGUCUUACUCAGACUUUAAGGGAUAACCAGAACUUAGUUGAAAAAAGCCAGGGUGAAUUACAAGUUUUUAUCGCUAGAUUGACUCAGUUAGCAGCCCAUGUUGAUUCCUUGCAACAUCUAUCACAUAACUAUGAUAAAGUCCUCCAAAAACCUACCGAAGAAACUACAAAAAUGAUCGGUCAGUACCAACAGUGGUUCAAAUUAUCCAGCAAAGAAGUAGACCAGCUUAAACAUGAUAUUAAAGAACUAGAAAAACUGACUAAUGUCUCAGAUGCCACUCUGACUCUGAGAAGUGAGAUCACAAAUUUGAAGAAUAAGUUGUUGGAUACUGAGCAGAAACAGAUGGACUUGGAGGGUGACUUCAAGUUGCUCAGAGAGUUUGCUACAGAGGCUGGAGGGUCGCUGGACGAGACUCAGAACAAUUUACAGACAGUUACCGAGGAACUGGCUCAGUUGUACCAUCACGUGUGCACUGUCAAUGGGCAGACUCCCAGCAGGGUUGUGUUGGACCAUGAAAAAGAGGGCAUGACUCCAAUGACUGAAACAGCACCAAUGAUGAUCGGAGAAAUGAGUAAAUUAGAGCUGCUAAGGAGCAGAUUGAAGAGCGACAUUCCCCUGCACGAUUUGGAGAGUUUAAACGACACCGCCGUUCUGGCGCGUAAUGUAUGUACAGUCGUGGACCAAAUCAAACAUCUGCGUACAGCCUUGGAAAAUACACUCUCCAAAGGCAAGAGAGACAAAUCCGAAGGAUCUUAUGAAUCUAAAGACGAGAACAGCGAAGAGGUUCAAGAGCUGCAAGAACAAGUGAUUAGGCUGAAGAGUUUGUUGUCCACGAAGAGGGAACAAAUCGCUACGCUGAGAACCGUCCUCAAGUCCAACAAAAACACAGCAGAGGUCGCGUUGACCAAUCUGAAGAGCAAGUAUGAGAAUGAGAAGACUAUUGUGUCUGAGACUAUGAUGAAGCUUAGGAAUGAGCUUAGAUUGUUGAAGGAAGAUGCAGCUACCUUUUCUAGUCUCAGAGCCAUGUUCGCCGCCAGAUGCGAGGAAUACGUCACGCAAGUAGACGAACUCCAGCAGCAGCUUCACGCGGCCGAGGACGAAAAGAAAACCCUGAACCAACUCCUUCGUCUAGCCGUCCAACAAAAACUCUCCCUCACUCAGCGCCUAGAGGAAUUGGAGGUUGACAGGGAGAUGAGGAACGCCAGGAGACCCAACAAUCGCAACUUCCAGCGACAGGGCAGGUCGAACAGAGAUAACCUCUUUUAGCCGAGAAGCAGGCCUAGACCCGUCCUGUACGCUGUGGCAUUUAUCAUGUCCUUCUUCAAGGUGUAGCCCUGUAGGGUAGAGGUAGGUCUGGGAGGUCGAAGGUACGUAUUUUUUUACUUAGGUGGCUGGGAGGUCGUUUAAAUCUCUUGCUGGAAAGAGAGAGUAAUUGUUUACUGAAUUCUAACAAAUAACUUUAUAUAUCUGUGUAAUUACAGGAUAAAAAUCUGUUAUUUUUGCCCUGAUGUGACGUCGUAUGCGGAUAUUUAUGUUGGCUUCAGGAUUUCGACAGAUAUAGGUGUCUAUGUGUUGCAUGAUCUAAGAUAUUUGAAUAAUAAAAUUUUGGGUGGUAAAAAAAUGUUUUCUUUGUACAGGGGGUGUAAAUAAAUAAGUGAAUAUUUAAUAUUCUAAUUAAAAAUACAAUUUGGUUAGUAAAAUAAAUUUAAUUUAAAAAAAAUUCUUAUAUUUAAUUUUAAAAAUCAAUCGCCUCUUUGGAAGCACUUAUCCAUUAACACCCGGUAUAAAAUAAUAACGUAUUAAGUUUUAUUUGUCCAAAUUUGUAUUAUUCUAAUAGCUUAGAUCAUAAAACACGUAGACACUUCUAUUUGUUAGAAUCUUGUAACUAAAAUAAGUAAAGAAGAAAAAUAACAGGAUUUGUAUUAGUUUUUACUCUGUAUAGCACAAUUUCAUUCAUAUAUCAGUAUAAUAGAAGAAUAAAACUAUAGAUUGAUGUGUUAUAUAUGACUAUAAUAAGCGAAUAACGAUGAAAAUUCUGUUAUUUUUGCCCUGAUGUGACGUCGUAUGCGGAUAUUUAUUUUGGCUUCAGGAUUUCGACAGAUAGAGGUGUCUAUGUGUGGCAUGAUCUAAGAUAUUUGAAUACUAAAAUUUUGGGUAGUAAAAAAAUGUUUUCUACUGUUUUCUUUAUACAGGGGGUGUAAAUGAAUAAGUGAUUAUUUAAUAUUCUGUUUAAAAAUUCAAUUUAGUAAAAUAAAUGUAAUUAAAAAAAAAUAUUUAAUUUUAAAAUCAAUCGCCUCUUUGGAAGCACUUAUCCAUUAACACCCUGUAUAAAAUAAUAACGAAUUAACUUUUAUUUGUCCAAAUUUGUAUUAUUCUAAUAGCUUAGAUCAUAAAACACGUAGACACUUCUAUUUGUUAGAAUCUUGUAACUAAAAUAAGUAAAGAAGAAAAAUAACAGGAUUUGUAUUAGUUUUUACUCUGUAUAGCACAAUUUCAUUCAUAUAUCAGUAUAAUAGAAGAAUAAAACUAUAGAUUGAUGUGUUAUAUAUGACUAUAAUAAGCGAAUAACGAUGAAAAUUCUGUUAUUUUUGCCCUGAUGUGACGUCGUAUGCGGAUAUUUAUUUUGGCUUCAGGAUUUCGACAGAUAGAGGUGUCUAUGUGUGGCAUGAUCUAAGAUAUUUGAAUAAUAAAAUUUUGGGCAGUAAAAAAAUGUUUUCUACUGUUUUCUUUAUACAGGGGGUGUAAAUGAAUAAGUGAAUAUUUAAUAUUCUAAUUAAAAAUACAAUUUGGUUAGUAAAAUAAAUGUAAUUUAAAAAAAAAAUAUUUAAUUUUAAAAUCAAUCGCCUCUUUGGAAGCACUUAUCCAUUAACACCCGGUAUAAAAUAAUAACGUAUUAAGCUUUAUUUGUCCAAAUUUGUAUUAUUCUAAUAGCUUAGAUCAUAGAACACGUAGACACUUCUAUUUGUUAGAAUCUUGCAACUAAAAUAAGUAAAGAAGAAAAAUAACAGGAUUUGUAUUAGUUUUUACUCUGUAUAGCACAAUUUCAUUCAUAUAUCAGUAUAAUAGAAGAAUAAAACUAUAGAUUGAUGUGUUAUAUAUGACUAUAAUAAGCGAAUAACGAUGAAAAUUCUGUUAUUUUUGCCCUGAUGUGACGUCGUAUGCGGAUAUUUAUUUUGGCUUCAGGAUUUCGACAGAUAGAGGUGUCUAUGUGUGGCAUGAUCUAAGAUAUUUGAAUAAUAAAAUUUUGGGUAGUAAAAAAAUGUUUUCUUUAUACAGGGGGUGUAAAUGAGUAAGUGAAUAUUUAAUAUUCUAAUUAAAAAUACAAUUUGGUUAGUAAAAUAAAUUUAAUUUAAAAAAAAAUAUAUUUAAUUUAAAAAAAAUAUAUUUAAUUUUAAAAAUCAAUCGUCUCUUUGAAAGCACUUAUCUAUUAACACCCUGUAUAAAAUAAUAAAAUUGAAAAUAAUAACGACUUAAAUUUUUAUGGUCCAAAUUUUUAUUAUUUUAAUAGCUUAGAUCAUAAAACACGUAGACACUUCUAUUUGUUAGAAUCUUGUAACUAAAAUAAGUAAAGAAGAAAAAUAACAGGAUUUGUAUUAGUUUUUACUCUGUAUAGCACAAUUUCAUUCGUAUAUCAGUAUAAUAAAAGAAUAAAACUAUAGAUUGAUGUGUUAUAUAUGACUAUAAUAAGCGAAUAACGAUGAAAGUUCUGUUAUUUUUUGCCCUGAUGUGACGUCGUAUGCGGAUAUUUAUUUUGGCUUCAUGAUUUCGACAGAUAAAAGUGUCUAUGUGUUGCAUGAUCUAAGAUAUUUGAAUAAUAAAAUUUUGGGUAGUAAAAAAAUGUUUUCUUUAUACAGGGGGCGUAAAUGAGUAAGUGAAUAUUUAAUAUUCUAAUUAAAAAUACAAUUUGGUUAGUAAAAUAAAUUUAAUUUAAAAAAAAAUUAUUUAAUUUUAAAAAUCAAUCGCCUCUUUGGAAGCACUUAUCCAUGAACACCCUGUAUAAAAUAAUAAAAUUGAAAAUAGUAACGAAUUAAAUUUUUUAUGUCCAAUAUUUUGUUCUAAUAGCUUAGAUCAUAAAACACAUAGACACUUCUCCUUGCUAGAAUUUUGUAACCAACAUAGAAAAAGGGCAAAAAUAACAAUUUCAAAUCUACAGAAAUGUUUAAUCGGAAUAUUGAAGUUAUUUGAUAGAAUUCUAUUUAUGAAUUUAUUUAUUGAUAUAUCUAAUUGCCAAGAUGAAUUUAGGUGUAAUAUCUUCUCAAUAUAGUGAUGGAAAUAUUGUUAAGGACAUAGUUAUAUACUUAAGAGAGUUAUUUAAUGUUUUUUUUUAUUAUAUUAACAUUUAUUAUAAGUUCCAAACAGUUUUAAUCAAUUUUACAAGCAUUUCUUGUUGUUUUAGUAUUUAUUAUCAGAAUAUUGCUAUUGAUUGAAUCAAAUGACAGACGUAUCAAUCUGUCAAUUUUUAUCUAUAUUGCAAUAUUUCUCUUAUUAGCAUUUAAGUAUAUGUAAACUCAGAAAAAUAGGUGAACAAAAAAAAUAAAUAUAAACUAAAUGUGAUACUUAAAUUUAAACGUGUACUUUCGGUAAAAAAAUGCUCCAAAAAAGUGGAUUUCAAAAUUUUCGGAUUGGGGCUGCUAGCUGAAGUGUUGUUGGAGUUCUUAAAGUUAUACAGGGUGGUUUAGAGAACUAUGUCCAUUUGUAAUUAUUAGGUCUACUGUUUUUCGGAAUUUUGAAUUGUUUACUGGAAACAAGUAGACGUCUUUGUAGUUUUCUGGACCAUUUAUAUAUGUUAAAAAAAUGUAAAAACGUUUGAAUUCGUCCAAUAUAUUGGUAUUUUUUCCGCCCAAUUGAGUGUAAUCGGCUCAGUUGUGCUUCCACUGUUUUUUUUUUCUUGUUUUAUAUAUUUUGUGGCAUCUAUCUUAUAUAUUUAUUGAAUUUUUACUUAUACCGUACAAAUAACGUACUCUUUUCUAAUGUUAUAGAUUAUAUUUAUACGUUUUUUUUUAUAUAGCAAGUGUAUUUAUUACUAAUUACUGUAGUUUUUCGUAUUAUUUUGGCUGAUAUAAUUAUUACAGAACUAUAGAAUGUUCAGUCAUCGUUCAACGUGACGUCAUAUACUCUGUCGAACUCUCUCAAUCACUUGCCAACCAGAUGAAAGAGAUUGGUGACAUCAUUACGGCAUUUCGUAGAUUACUGCACUUGCAUUCUUGGCUAUAUAAAAGCGGUCGAUAAAAAAGUAAAACCCUAAAACUCGUAUAAUGAUGACGUAAUGGUGAACGAUGGCAGAACAGUCUUUACAUAAUAUUUAGUUCAAGACAUCACAAAUCCUGUUUUUUUGAUAAUUUUAAUUAUCAGCCCAAAAUUAGUUGAAAUAUUUUAGAAAAAAUUAUAAGUAAUAAAUAGGAUCAUUACUGAAUAAUUAGGAGAUAUUUAAUAAAUUUAUGAAUGUGAAAAAAAUUACAAAAAAAUCUAAAAAGAAUUCGGGAACUUUUUACGUUGUUCUAGAAAUAAAAAAAAAUUUAUCGGAAUACUACCGUACAAUCGAAAAAAAAACAGCGUCGAAGACGGCUGAGGAAUGAUAAUCGAAGAUAUUUUUGGCGAGGUCGAUCUCUAGAAUUUGUUUAUUAAAAAUCGACAUAAAACUUGACAAAAAUUGGCGGUGAGCGCCAUUAAAAAAUAAAGAAAAGUACGGGCUAACUCAGUGACGUCUUCUAGGGCUUGACCUCGGCAAAAUUAUCAUCGAUUAUCGUUCCGCAGCCGUCUCUGACGCCGUUUUUUUUUUCGAUUUUUCUUCUUUAAUGAAAUAUUCUCACUAACGCUCAUAUAUAUAUACAGACGUAGUAGUAGAAAAAAGUGAUUUUUUCAAAAUCUUUUUGAUGUUCGUCGGUUCAGAGUCCACUAGUUAAUUUCAAAUUCCCCAGUUUCCGAGCCUAUAUGGACCGCGAACAUACCCGUCCCGUUUUGAAAAUCAAAGAAUGAACGUAGCCUUCCGCGACACCGGUUUUUUUGGGGUCUCGAUUUUUUAAAAUUUCGAAAAAACGAAAUGGUAUUGAAUCAAGACUCUGCCGAGCUCAAUACGGUUUUUUUAAUAGAGAUAAGUUGAAAAGUGUCGGAAAAAAGAGUGUCAUCCAUCCAUUUAUUUGUAACAAAUAUCGAUCUGUGUUUCUCAUAGUUUUUAUUCAUAUUUGAAGUUGUUAAUUAUGAACUCUACAAAUGUCUGCUUAAAUGUGGUUAAUGUUACUUAAUUGUACCUAAUAUUUUUAAUAAAAUCGAUAUAUCUA